AUGGAUGUCAAGACAGCUUUCUUGAAUGGUGAUCUGGAUGAGGACGUGUAUAUGGAGCAGCCUACUGGUUUUACAGAAGUUGGAAAGGAACACUUAGUUUGCAAGCUCAAUAAGUCAAUUUAUGGUCUUAAACAGGCUUCAAGCCUUAUGUAUGCUCAAGUAUGUACACGCCCUGAUAUUACUUUUGUUGUGGGCAUGUUGGGAAGGUACUUGAGCAAUCCUGGGAUUGAACAUUGGAAAGCUGCUAAGAAUGUCCUUAGAGAACGUACUGCACGAACGAACUCUUCAGAGCACAUAGUUGUUUUGGGUGUUGAAAGGGAAGAGCCAAUUGAACCCGGGGUUUCUCUUCUCCACGAAUUGAACGCAUCCUUGAACAUCAGAAGAACACAGGAAUGGCUUUCUAUGGGAUUAAUCAAGAAUGUUGAUCAUGUAACAGCAGUGGGUGUAGAGAUCAUGAUGGAGAAUCAUCUGUUAUCAUGGGAAUUGUUCUGUGUGAAUGUUGGGGAAGUUGUGCAUUCUUCAGGGAUCCAACGCCUCGCCAUAAAUGUGGUUGAAAAGUGUUGUGGCCAUUUACUUCUUGUUGUUAUAAUGGCAAGAGCUUUGAAAGACAUGAAUGAUGUUUUGAUAUAG